CGUACAUGCAGACGAAACAAGACCUUCUGUUUAUUAUCCUUGCAAACGCUGAUAUAUUUCCCUUUUACGAUCCGUGUUACAACCACUCGCCAAACAGAUUAAAGGAUGGGCUCAUCAGAGAGUAAAAAGUCACACGGAGCAUAUCUCUCAAUAGAAAAUAUGUAAGCGUGGAGAGUACUAAACUAAAACGGGAACAUGGUCAUACAACCAGACGUUGAUCGAGCCCCGUUGGCUCCCUGUUACUCGGGGCGCACUGUUUUAAAGAUAUUUUUAUUAUUUUUAAGCGCUCAUUGAGCUUACAACUAUGAAUACAACUGACGUGCUGGAUAGAUAUGUAAUUUCAAAGUCUACGGAAAGUUUGUUGUUCCAAUUUUGAGAAUAAUAAAAGAUCCUUUUUUCCGUCUAUGCACUAACACUUUGUGAAGACCUACUUGAUCAUUUGAGACCUACAUUUAAAUUCAAUUCUAUUGAGCGUGAAAGCGAUUGAGAUGUUCAAGCUUUUGAAUGAGCUUCCAUCUUAUUGUAAGGUUACCCUUUUCACAAUACUAACCCUCCUCUCUACUAAAUCAGCUCUGACGGGUUCAUGACUCCCUUUCUUCCAUCUCAUGGAGCAGGUCUUGUUCCAAAAUUUUACAGCUUUAGAUGCAUGUAUUUUUGUGUUAUUGCCCUUGAGGUUUUAAGCGGAUUUAAAUAAAAUUUAUUGUUACAUCGAAUGGUGACCCCCUGCUUCCUCACUGCUUUUUGCAAAGAAAAACUGAAACAAAGUGACAUGUCAGAAAAAUCUGAAUUUCUAAUUAACAAAAAGGAAAAUUCAUUUGAUUCUUGUCUUACCCUUAAUUGUUCUUGUGUUCUGAAACCGUCAACUGUGAGAUAUAUGUUUCCUUCAAAGCUUUUUCUAACAGUUAUUCAAAAACCUAGACUUCCGCUCCACUUUCUCGGAAAUGUAUUCCGCAUACAUACCGGUAUUUAUAUUUUGAUAGAGAGUUGACCCCUUGGAAAAGACGGGGUCAGAAGCCCUGCCAAAAAAUAUUCCGGCUGUUGUUGUCUUCAGGGAAGUUUUCGUCGAUCCCACGCCAUUCCUGGCAAAUCAUGGCUUUCCCAUCUUGGUAUAUCCUAUGAUAUCUACCUAAAUGAAUCGAAAGCGUUAAACUGAUAUUGAAUAAUAGAGGGUGAUACAUAGUGAAAUUAUUUAAUUCUUUCUGAAGGGGAAGUCCCUCUAUGUUUCUUAGAAACUUGUCAUAGUUUUUGGUUUAGGAAGGUGAGUUAAAUGUUUCAAAUCCAUGGAUAUUCAUGGAAGAACGUGAGAUCUCAAAAUUUUGAACCCCUGUACUGAAUUUUUCCAGAGAAUAAAGGAGUUAUUUUGAGCGAUGACAAAAUCGAAAUUGAAAUUAUGCCCCAAGGAAAAAAAUCCCGUCUUAAUCUCCCGGAAUUUUAAACAUGCAGGGUUCGUAUAUAUAUAUUGGCAUUAUCCUGUUCCAUUUGACACUUGAUUGAGACUAAUAAGUUUCGAUCAUUAACUUUGAUUGUCGAAAUCUUGAGUCAAUGGAGGAGAAAUCAGAACUGGAAAAUGAACUGAUGCGCUCCACUUCUCCAAAACCGAGUGUACCGAAUGGAUCUAAAGGAAACGAGUGUGAACAACGCGAGACCAGAAUAACGAAAGAGAAUUUGUACAUGGUAUUAGCGCUUUGGAUGGAAGAGUUUCCGGUCGUGGAACAAACAAGCAGUGCCAAACGACUUAACAAAGUCGGUGUAGUGUUCGUAUUGCCAACCGAUCGUGUCUUGGCUGCCGACUGUAGUCGCGAUGGCGUCCACGGAGUCGCCCGUGUUAUGGUUAACCACUGUGGAAAGCUUGAAGGUUGUAAAGUGUUUGUAUCCCGGAAGCCUUGUUCCCUUUGUGCUAAACUCCUUGUACAGUCAAAAGUUUCUCGUGUGUUCUACCUACCAAUAGAACCAGAAUCAGAAAACAAAGGAGAAAUAGCAAGAGCGGAUAACCUCUUCAAAAACAGUUCCGUCGGUCAAUCCGUGUUCGUUCCUUGCGUUGAACAAAAGGUUUUGGACAAACUCGAGGACAAGUUACCGAAAGAAAUAAUAACACCAGAUGACAUCAGCGAAUGUCGCGAUAACCUCUUGAAAAAAUGCGGGUGGAGCGCCGAGUGGUUUGCUCGCGCCCAGGCAAGUCUUCCUUGGCCAUGCUUUGAGGGCAAGAUGAAAUCUCAGGUUGACAACGAUUUCAAAUCCUUGAUAAAAUGGAUCGCCGUUGUCAAGGCCCCUAUGGACAAAGGUGUUGCUUUCCCAAAGGUUAAGCUUACGUCUGACUCUCGUGUCGUUCCUGAUUGCGAUGCUGACAACUUUCCAGACUCUAAAACAGCUUACCACAUGAUGAUUUUUGCGAAAAUGCUUGCUAGACAGACAGAUGACCCCAAGACUGGUGUAGGAGCUGUCAUUGUUAGAGGUAAAGUUCCAGAUAUCGUGUCUCUGGGUUGGAAUGGCUUCCCAUCCAAAGCAUUGUAUGGCGAGUUUCCAAGAGCUUCCGAUGACGACCGUGCGCUUCAAAAAAAGUUUCCCUAUGUUAUCCACGCCGAGCAAAACGCUCUGAUGGUAAGGAAUGUCAAGGAUUUGACAGACGGAAUCCUGUUUGUUACCAAGCCUCCAUGUGAUGAAUGUGCUCCAAUGAUCAAGCUUAGUGGCGUAAAAACCAUCGUAAUCGGCGAGAAAAUAGAGAAGAGUCGAGGCGGAGAACUGUCCUACAACCUGAUUAAAGAGUACAUUAAAGAAGGGAUCAUGACCUGCUAUCAGAUGGAGGCCACAAAAACAAAAGCAAAGCGUCUGGCUUCUGAUCCAGAAACAAGGAAAAGACUGAAAUCGAGCUGCUCGAAUUCAAAUGAUGUUUGAACGUUUCGAAGAAAUCUGUAAACAUUGGAUGAUUCAUAACAACAUAAAUAACUAGGAUUUCCUUCUGGUUGAGGGAGAUUAUUUUGUCAUUGAUUUGGGUAACUUGUACUCUAGAAAAAUUUAACCAGUUCCAAUCAAGGAAAAUUGCCCGAUGUUUACCUAACCAAAGAAAUUUGAUAAUUUCAAUUUUAUAACUUCUCAUACCGUCGAAGAAUGUCUAGUUUCAAUAUCGACAGAAGCAUUGUUGAGCAACUACACUUGUCUGUUAUGGUUAACAUUUGUCUGGCUUGAAUAUUUAAAAAUUUUAUAAAACUCUAUUUGGUUCUAUGCCUGAUGUUCGUUAUCCUGAUCUAAAACUAAAAAACAAGUUUACAUGAAAUUCAAUGCGAGAGUUUCAUAUCAGCUGCAUACUUUUAAAACGAAUAUCUCUGGAUCUGCGGCUAAGAAACAGAACAAAACUUUUUACUCAAUUAACUGUAUUAAUAUAUUUUUGUUGUUUUUGUUUUGUUUUAAGUUUGAAAAUAUUGUAUAAUUUUGUACACCAAGAAAGGAUAAGGUAUAGCAUUACAGUGGCUACAGAUGCAUGGAUAUUUACUAAAUAGAGGAGACGACUGUAUUAUAUUAGGAUGGUUGUGAUAUCAACUGUAAGGAAUAGUUUUUACGAACAAAAUUAGCAUUCAUUUCAAUAAAGCUGUUGUCCAACUAUCCACCGAA